AUGCCUAGCCACCGAGGUUUGCUGUAUAUCGCAUCAUUGGAGAAUUCGGGAAAUUAUCCAGAAUCCACGAUAACCGUUGAAUGGUUGUCGAAAUCCCUCGAUUACAUGGAGUUUUAUCUCCUAUCGGUGGGCGUUAUCAGCGAUAUCAUCCUAAUGAUGUUCGUUUUUGGAGCUCUGUUUAAUAAUUUCGGACAAGAUAUCUUAUUAUUCUUCGUGGAUCCCACCGAUCGGCUUCUGGUGACAAGUGGAUUUGAGCGUGGAAUAUCCAGUGCUGAUGCGGGUCCGGAUGACGCGGAUACACGUAGCGUACACAAGGGCAUAUACGCUCCUGUGGAUUACUUCGUACGUGGCAUGGACGUUUUCGACGUACCACCAAUUACCGCCCCUCCUGAUUCUUUUAUUUACUACAUGUGCGCUGCAAAAAAAGCGGAGGCCAUUGCCAGCGGUCAAGCCAUGGCCGGCAUUGUCGAUCCUCAAGUGGAGUUCUUAACCCAAUUAGCUGAGCUAAAAGGCUGCGUAAAUGCAGGCGUUUACAGCGGGGCUUACGGUGGCCCUAUAGGAGGUCCUUUCGGUGCCGCUUAUGGCAGUAUUGCAGAUGGCAGAUACGCUGACUUUUUUGCUGCUUUUGAAAGUGGAGUUUUCGGAGGAGAAGGUGGGGAAGAUGGUGCUUUCGGCGAAGGUGGUGUGCUCGGCGGUGGGGGUCCUUUGGCAGCUCUUCUCCAGGCCGCUUUGAUGACCAAUCCAGGUAGUGCUUUUGACUAUGCUGAAGGUGGUGCUGGACAUGGUGCUCUCGGUGGUGGAGGUGCUUUUGGAGCCCUCCUCCAGUCCGCUUUCAGCGGUGCUGACGGUGGUAUUUUGGCCGGUGCCGGCGGUGGGGCUGGAGGUGGUGCCUUUGGUGGUCUUGAAGCCGGGGCCUUCGGCGGUGCUUUCGCUGGUGCUGAAGGCGGCGCCCUCGUUAAUGCCGGUGGC